AUGCCCAUGCCGUCCGGCGGGCAUCCAGGCGCGACCCUGGCACCUCCUGCGCCGCCCACGACCGCUUCGUCCGCCGAGGCCGUUCAGUCGAAGCGCGACCUGACCUCGUGGUGGAAGAACUUCAAGCGUGCCACACCUCAGAGGGUUCAAGAAGAGAAGGGUAAAGAUCUCCACCGUCGUNGCCUUGCUGUCUCAUGCAGUUUGCGCAGCGCUUUGUUGUCGCCGCCUUCACAUGCUAAUCCGUUGCUUCGUCGCGCAGCUCCCCAAGGCAUCUUCGGCGUCCCACUCCAAACCAGCAUCCGCUACGCAAACGUCGCCAUCUCGCUAUUCAACGAACAGGGCCAGAGCUACAUCUAUGGUUAUGUCCCUAUAGUCGUCGCCAAAUGCGGCGUCUACCUGAAAGAGAAGGGUGCGUCUACAAUAUGUUCGAAACCACACAUGCCACACGCUAACCCCGGCCAUANNGCUACCGAUGUCGAGGGCAUCUUUCGUUUAAGUGGCUCUGAGAAGCGCAUCAAAGAAUUACGCAUUGCCUUUGACUCUCCGGACCGCUACGGCAAGGGCCUUGACUGGAGUGGCUACACGGUCCACGAUGCCGCCAACAUACUGCGCAGAUACUUCAACCAGUUGCCCGAGCCCAUCAUCCCUCUCGAGUUCUAUGAACGCUUCCGCGACCCGCUUAAGAAUCACCAAGCACAAGCCGUUGGCUCGAUGGACAUGCAAGCUCCCAACAUCGGUCAUUUCGACGCUGGCAAGGCUAUUCGCGUCUAUCAGAGCCUCAUCACCGAGCUGCCUCCGCUGAACCGCCAGCUACUCCUAUACAUCCUUGAUCUCCUUGCAGUCUUUGCCUCCAAGUCGGACCUCAACAAGAUGACUACUCCUAACCUUGCUGCCAUCUUUCAGCCUGGUCUCUUGUCACAUCCUCAGCACGACAUGGCCCCUCCCGAGUACCGACUCAGCCAAGAUGUUUUAAUCUUUCUUAUCGAGAACCAGGAUUCAUUCUUGAUCGGCAUGCAUGGUACGGCUGCCGACGAAAAGACUGUCAAGGAAGUUCAGAGCGGCGCUCCUACCCCCAAGACCCCAGGAUCGCCGCUUACCCCGGCAAGAUCAAGAACUCUCCUUGGCCGCUCAUCCUCCAACGCUAGUGCCGGUGCUGAGAGUGUCCGUCUGUUUGGCAAUCUUCGCAGGAAUGUUUCAGUAUCCUCCAGAGCUUCCAAGCGCUCUGGACAUCUCCAGGGCCAUGUCACGCCUACCCUCGGCAGCCCUGCCAAUUCUGGGGGUGUUCAUCGCAGUAACACCGUUCCUUCCAAAGCAUNNGGCGCAUCUCCACACUUCCGUCGCGAGAAAAGCUCAGAACCACCUACUCCUAGUCCCGGUUCUGGAUCAAGUCCUCUUCCUAUCGUCAUUGAUACCACAUCAAUUGCAAAGAACAGCAUUUCUGAAGAACAUACUCCUAUUGCUCCCGCACCUGCUUUGGCUUUCCCAACAUCUACACCCGCAUCAGUCGUUGCGCCCUCCCCAGCCGUUCAGCCUUCUCACCCUGUACCUCUUGCACCUGAAGUUAUAUCUGCAUCAUCUAGCGAAGCAACAACUCCUCUUGCUACUCAUGGCACAGAGACCAUGGGACUGUUGCAAAGAGAACACACUCAAUCCAGCACUACGCCAUUGCACAUCGCUUCACCUACUGGCGACCGAAGAAUGAAUCCUGCUGACCGUUCUCCUUCUGGCACCCCUUCUCGCGCUAUCUUGGAUUUCUUGAAGCCUUCUCCUGGAGGCAGUGACAGUGAAAGAAGAGAAGGCCGCAAGCCUAACAAGCUACAGAAGAAGCGUACUCCUGGAAGCACACUUUCAAGUGCUCACAGCUCUGCUCACUCUCUCCAACACGAACCUGAUUCUUUGAACGAUUAUUUCGCUUCUCCAACCACUCCAGUGUUUGAUUCACGCGCCCAGGAUUAUGUCAACGAGUAUGGCAACGAUCGUUCUGCAUACGCCACAGCUCAAACUUCCCCCAAGUUCAUGACUCCGCAGCGGACUGAGACGGAUGCCACCCUCAGACCUACAGUGUCGCCAGCACAUUCGUUCCAUUCUACUGAUGUCACUGAUGUGACUGAUGCUUCUGACGUAGACCACACUGAUCAAUUUCCAUCAUCUGCCGAGAAACCAGAAAAGAAACGCCGCUGGCGAUUUUCAAGGCAGGCGGAGAGCCGGGAAGGCAACGACCAUGUUCGCACAAACUCCAAUCUUGGUAAUAUGAACAGCGCAGACCAGAGCAAGUCUACUAUCAGCAGUUCGAGCGUUGGGCAAUCUCGGCGUAGUUUCCAGGACAGUCAUGUAAUGUCUGAUCCCGAGUCUAUUCUGUCCGACAGUGAUAACAAGAAGGGCCCAAUGAGCUGGAUCAGGAGCAAGCUGAGUGAGCGCAAAGAGCGUGAAGCAGAAAGAAGAGCCCGAUCGCCGAUCAAGGUUUUGAAGGAGGAGCACAACGAUUCCAGGCAGAGUCUCAACACGCCGAUGGACAGAGGAAAAAGUAUUGAAUUGUCAAGACAGCGAUCUCCUGCAGCACAGCGAGCUGUACCAGAGACAAGCACUGCCAAUGUGCAUGGUGCCUCACCACUGGCGACUCUAGACCCACAGCUUCCUGGGCAGAUUGACAGAAACACUGCUCCUGUUGCAAGUAGCGAGAGUCAAGCACAGGCUGCUCAAGCCUCAGGAAUGGCUCAGUUCGAAUCACCUGAUGAUACUCUGCCGAAGCAAACGCAGCCUUUCGAUUCCACUCCGAAGACUCAAACCUAG